AGGGGCAAAAUCGUUAAUGAAAACCAGUUUUACAGCAGAUAAAAUCAGGGAAGAGUAAACAGACUUGAUCUUUUUUUCCUCUCCUUCCAUACAAACACUACUCUGAGGAAUCCCCCCCCCAAGGGUUGGAGUGGCCAGUUUCUCCCCCUGAGAUAGUUCCACCGACAGUUGCAGUGAGUCAAUUCAAGCAGCCCUUGGCAAUGUUGUGAAUGAGCAGUGGCUCAGUACUACGUGUAACAUAUAACAGGGAUAGGGGCUGGGCUAAGUAAGAGACAGGAGGAGAAGCCAUGGCCGAUUCCCAGUUGGAGUGCCUGCGAGACGACCAUGUUAAUAAGAAGGAGACAGAGGACAUGUGCCAAUUCUACUACAGCGAGGAGCACCGGCGCUGCCUGGAGGUGCUUUCCCAACAUGGAAUCCAGGGUUACAGGGAGUACAUCAAGGAGCUGAAUAUUAGGGGAUUCCUAUCCACCCGGGAAUUAAUUGACUUGAAGAAUUGUUGGAAAAAAUAUGACAUUGAGUCAGAGACCCCAAAAAAGUCAAAGUCAAAAUCCAACAAACUGGAACCGGAGUCCAAAGAGAAAAAAGUCUCUCUUCAAUACUGGCCUGAUAAGUCUGAUACUGAAAUCCCACCCCUGGACCUUGGCUGGCCUGAGAAUGGUUUCUAUAGAGGGGUCUCCCAGAUGCUGAUUUAUACCCACCCACCCAAGGAGAAUGCUCCCACCAUCAAGGCUGUAAUUAGGGACCUCAUCCAGAAAGCCAAAAAGGUUAUAGCCAUUGUCAUGGACUACUUUACAGACCGGGAACUUUUUAGAGAUGUACUGGAUGCUGCUGACAAGCGGAGAGUCCCUGUUUACAUGAUUCUAGGAGAAGAAGGAGUGAAACAUUUCUUGGAGAUGUGUGAAAUGAUGCAGCUAUCGAACUUCAUGCUUCGGAACGUACGAGUCAGAUACGUUACAGGGGUGGGAUUUUACCUGCCAUAUGGGAAGAUUAGUGGCUCCCUGACACACAAGUAUCUCAUGGUGGAUGGAGACAAAGUGGCCUCUGGCUCUUUCAGGUUUACAUGGAGUUCUUUAAGGUUGGACCGGAGCAUUAUGUCACUCCUGUCUGGGAAUUACACAGAACCAUUUGACAUUGAGUUCCGUGAGCUUUAUACCAUCUCAGAGGAAGUCAACCUAUACAAAGAGUUAAGCCUCCAAGAAUAUCUGCCCAGCCCUAUAGGGACCAGAGCACGUUCCUCCACUGUUGCUCGCAAGCUCAUCAAUCCCAAGUACUCUUUGGUGGUGGGACGGAGCCCAGCUCCUGGGGAGAUGCUACGAUUUGGUUCUCCAAACCCUACAGAAGAAGGAGAAGAUGGAAAAAGUGAAGGGCAAAAGAGAAUGGACAGAUUCUUGGAUGACUUAGUUUCCAUAGAGCAGGAGUCACCAGAGAUUGUGAAUUUGGAUGACCUUCCACAAUCAUUACCAAAGAAAGAAACAGGAAAAUUCUCAGAAAAAGCUCUCUCUCCCAAACCAAGCAAAAACAGAUUUUUUACUUUUAAGAAACGCCAAAACCCUCUUUCGGACAGAGUGGUAGAAGGGGACUUUGUUGUUUUGAAUAAACCAAAAUCUGAAUCAGGCUACAGUAGAAGCCAUAGUAAUACAGAUCUGAUGAGUACAGGCAAAACCAGCCCCACUAAGAAUGAGAAGGUGAAGGCCACAGAAAAGUGCAUCAUUUCUUGAAGAGGAGUCUUCUAAUGUUCUAUGAACUUUGUACAUAUAUUUAUUUAAAAACAUGCAGAAAAAAAUAUAAAAUUUCAGGAAAGAAGAAUGUGCCAGGGUGUACUAGGCCAAUACAAAAAGGAAAGUCAAAUAGAACGUAUGGUUUAAAAGAGAACCAGAUCAUUUAUAUUGAUCAUUUCUAAUACAUGUGGUGCUGGAACUUAUAGUCUGUGGAAAUACCAACCCUGGAAAGUACCUUGGAAAACCAGGGAAAUGCCAUACUCUCAUUUAAAAUGUUAUUCAGGUCACUCACUUACUAUGAUGUGUGAUAUCCAACAACGAAUCUAUAUAUAGGUAUGGGACCUGUUAUCCAGAAUGCUUGGGGCCUGGGGUUUUCCAUAAAAGGGAUCUUUUUGUAAAUUGGAUCUCCAUAUUGUUUGUCUACUAAAGAAUAAUUUAAACAUUAAAUA